UUGCACGUGAACACGGAGGAUAUGGAAGUGCCGAGCAAUGAUGAUGUAUUUCUUCCAUUUCGAUUCCCUUCUUCUCCAACCGGUUCGUGUGGGGCCCACUGGAGAUUGGAGGACCCUAGUUAUUUCGUGUCCACGUCAUCGGUUGCUCCUCGAAAAAUAAAAAACCACCAAAAGAAAUCGAAAAAUCCGAGCAGUCAGCAGGGAGUUAAGUUCGAGUUGCCGAAGAGUAAUGUGCAGAGUGCAGCGUUGAGAAAUUCAAGAAACGGUGAGCCGUCUGCGAAAAAUAUUUGUUCGGGAAAUGUGAGUGGGAACAAUUUCGUUAUGAAAAUGGACGGGGCGCAGCAGAAUCUUAAUUAUGGCCCAUGUGUGGAUAAGCCUGGCAAUAUGGAUAUUCUUGAAAACUUUCAAACUAAUGCAAAAAUUGGAUUUGAUGAUGUGAAAGCGGAGAUUCUAAACGAUGGUUUGCCGAAUGUUGACUUGACCUGCCAAACAGCAAUUGCCCCUCAUCAGACGAAUGAGAACCCUAUGCUAUCGGAUGAGGAAGAACGGUCCGAAAAUGAAUUUCAUGUUCCUUAUUUUUCCGAUGUUGAAGCAAUGGUCGUAGAUAUGGACUUGACUCCCGAUGAAUUCAACAUAAACGCCCAUCCCGAAGUAUGUCGAUAUAAUCACGAAGAAAGUAGGAGGACAAUCAUAAGGCUGGAGCAGACGGCCAAUGCUUGCACGCAAAGAGCAAUUUCUGCUCAGGGUGCAUUUGCUGUUUUAUACGGCCGCUGCUCUAAAUAUUAUAUAAGGAAACCCGAGGUUUUAAUUGGCAGGGCAACUGAAGAUAGUAGAGUUGACAUUGACUUGGGAAGAGAAAAGAACGGUGGUAAAAUUUCUCGACGACAGGCUAUUAUGAAGAUGGAUAUGUAUGGAACAUUCCAGAUGAAGAAUCUUGGAAGAUACCCGAUAUUCAUUAACGGGAUAGAAGUAGCAGCUGAACAAAGCAUACCCCUUAUUUCUGGCUGUAUUAUCGAGGUCAGGGGAUUGUGUUUCUUGUUUGAGACGAACCAUACUCGUAUAAAGCAGCAUGUGGAUAGCGUUAUGGACGGAAGAUUUCUCGUGGGCCCGUAAACCUUCGAACGUGAGCUGAAAAAAGAUCGAUUUUCUUGGGGUGCUAUUUAUACCCUUUUUAAAUUGGUCAUACAUAGUUUAGCUUAGUCGAUGUAUAAGCAACGGCUCGGGAUUUUUAGGAACCACAUUUUUUUUCUUGUCGUUUGCUCGUUACCGCAAUACUACAUGUGUUUUUCACCUUAGCUAUACUUUUUUUUUUUUUUCUUCUUUCUUUUAAUUGGAAGACAAUUAACUUAGUUUGUUUAUGAAAUAGAGACCACAUUUUGUU